AAUGUCAGAUCAUAUGACACCGGUUCAGAGUGGGGAAGUUUCCAUAACUGAUUCUUUUCAUGUCUUGCUCAAACUUUGGCCAUAGCAAUGGGAAGAGUGGAACAAGUAAAAACAGAAUUGAUGUCAGCUGUUACUUCUCCACAGCAAAUGCAAAGUCUACUCCAAGACAUGGAUGCAGUAAUCUUCAGCAUGGCAUGAUUUCUGAGUAUAUAGGUGACUUGGACCAUUGACAUGUUCCAUAUGAAAGUACAAGGUCCUGUACAUCGUUUCAAAUUGAUAUCCACUUGCCAGGUCUGGACAAAAAGCCAAGUUGAGCCUCUUUCAGAUGAAGUGCCCAGUAUCAGCUAUGCAGGCACCAGUGUUUGGUCAGUGCAAACCUUGAAGAAUUCCGGAAGACUUGCAUUAUGCUUCCAGAUACGAGUUCCCUAGAGAGCAAGUGAGUGUUGAUGGGAUUGAUGCCAUUAAAUCCGUGGACAUGCAUUUUCAAAACAGGAAGACUCCCUCUGGCAGUGCAGAGAAAAGUACCGGUAGUCACUUUUGGCCUUCUCAGCCUCUCUUCUUAUGUUCCUCGUUAUAUUGUACCAGCUGGCUUACCCAAACCAUCCUUAAGUCUGGUAAAGCCACAGUGUAAAGCAAAAAGUGCUUCUCAUUUUAUUUUAACAUUUCCAAAGUAGUCCCAUUCACAAGAAAUUGUAAUCAAGCACUACAGAGACAAAGAUCACAGAUUGCAAAUUGACCACUCACCACUGAUGGUAAUUUUUUCAAUUCAUGAUUUAAAUCUUAUAUUUAGGUUAAACUUGGCCAUUUAGAUUGGUUGAUUUGUUGUGGAAACUCCCCGAUUUAGGCUGGCUAUGGUUGAGAUUGUGAUAUUGCAUUUUUCUCCAAACUUUUUAUAUAAGCAGCAGUUUUUCUUUGUGGGCUAACUGCAAAUUGUUUUGCAUUUCGUGUCUUGUCAAAGGAAUGUGGUUUGAUAUGUGGCAAGCCGUUACAGUUGUUUUACAUCAAUGCAGAGGCAAGCGGGGUACUAUCAAUCAAAGCUGUGUGGAAGGGAAAGCGAGAAGUCUGUCUCCCAGCCCAACAGAAUGAGCAGUGACGUAGCGAUGUUUAAAGAAACAGCGACCUCGUAUGUCUACAGAGUUGAACUGCAGAAGCUGUGUGACCCGGAAGCAGCAACUAUACUGGUGAAACCAAGGAGACAGCAUGGCGGAAUACACAGGUACACGUGAACAAAACCACGAUGGAGGAGCAGGAGAAGAGGUACCCGAUCUGUCAGACAGUGACGAUGAUGGACAGUGGGAAUGGACGGAGGAGAGUUCCAAUGCAUCCAUCGUGUGUUUAUUUUGUGACAGAUCACUGAAUUCAAUCUCAGACACACUACAACAUUGCUUGUCAGAACAUGAUGUAAACAUUCCGGAUUUGGUGAAGAAAUUCAGUCUGGAUGAUUAUGGCUACAUAAAGAUGAUAAACUACAUACGAUCAGAGAAGUGUAGUGGAGAAAGUUUACUGCAGAGUUCAAACAAUGGCGUCUUCCCCUGGGACAGUGAUAAUUACAUGCGACCUGUUCUACCUGAUGAUCCUUUACUCCAGAUAGACCUGGAGGACCUGUGUGGGGUGGAGGCGAUGGUGGUGGGCCAAUCAUGUGGAGGCCAGGCAGCAGACCUUUUGCAGAGAGCCCAGCAGGCUGAGGAGAGAGCUCUGCGCUCGGAGGAAGCAUUGGCCAGAGCCAUGGAGGACCUGCACAAGCUCAAGUAAGCACUUA